CAGAAGAUGUCAAAUACCACCAGCCUCCACCCUGAUUAUUUCCUCCUGAUCGGAAUUCCUGGCAUGGAGGACUCACAUCUCCUGAUCUCCAUCCCGUUCUCCAUCAUGUACGUUCUGUCAUUUCUGGGAAACUCUACGUUAAUAUUGGUCAUCUCAACCAAUGAGAUUCUCCACCAGCCAAUGUAUAUCUUCUUGAUGAUGUUGGCAUUCAGUGAUGUCCUCUUGAGCUCUUCUACCGUCCCGAAGACCCUCAGCAUCUUCUGGUUUAAUUCUCAUGAGAUCUCCUUCAAUGGAUGCCUCACUGAGGUGUUCUUCAUCCAUUUCACUUUUGUCAUAGAGUCGGCCAUUUUGCUCUUCAUGGCCUAUGACCGUUACUGCGCCAUUUGUCGACCUUUAACAUACGCUACCACCCUCACCAACUCCUUUAUAACCAAGGCAGCCAUGAUGACCGUUUUCAGAAGUUUCUGCAUGGUCCUACCAUUCGUCUUUCUACUCAAGAGAUUACCUUUCCAGCAAAGCAACGUGAUAGAGCACACCUACUGUGAGCACAUGUCCGUGGCAAAGCUGGCUACCGCCGACAUACAGGUCAAUGUGGUGUACGGACUGGUCAUAGCCGCUUCUUCAUCAGGUGUAGACAUGAUCCUUAUUAUAGUUUCGUAUGGUGUAAUAAUCUCAGCAGUUCUGAGGCUCCCAUCCUCCAAGGCUCGGUUCAAGGCCUUCAAUACAUGCGUGUCUCACAUCUGUGUCAUCGUUCUCUUCUACAUCCCAGCCUUCUUUUCUUUUAUAGCUCAUAGAGUCGGUCACAAGUACAUUUCUCUGCAGUUCCACAUUAUUUUUGCUAACCUCUAUGUCCUAAUCCCACCAAUGUUGAACCCGAUCAUCUACGGAGUAAGAACGAAAGAAAUACGGGAGAAGACAUUAGUCAUAUUUACCAAAAUGACCAGUAAUAGACCAGGAAGAGGGGUCACCUUCUUCUAA